CCUUUGCUGGAGACACUCUGCUUCCCGUUUUGUGACGAAUUUGCAGGAGCUGAGUUUCUGCACUGAGAGUCUCCAGGAAAAGGGACUCCAUGAUGGAGAAGGAUCGAAGCCACAUGACUGAGAGAUUAUUAAACCUCACCCUGGAUAUCAUCUACCUGCUGACCGGAGAGGAUUACACAGUAGUGAAGAAGACAUCUGGAGAGCAUUUCACUCUGAACCAUUCAUGUAUCAUGAGCAGGAAGGAAAAAACGAACAUCAAAAAGAUUCUGGAGGUCACCAGCGAGAUCAUUGAGUUGCUGACGAGAGAGGACUGGAAUCAUGUAGAGGGACACAAGGAUCCGUACCAGGACAUCAAAAAGGAGAAUUAUCAGACCUUCACAUCAACGGAUGGAUCCAGUAAUGGGAACCCACCAGAGAGAUGUCCCGAUCCUCUGUAUUCUCAGGAAGGUCACACCAUCCCUCCCCAUCAUCAGGUGGAGGACCUGGUUGGUAUCAAAGUAGAAAUUGUAGAGGCUGAAGAUUUGUAUUCGAAGGGUGCACGACCAUGUUUGGAGGAGGACAGCCCAACAUUUAUCGCCCCAGAUGGACACUACAGCCAGAUGGCCACAGCUGUUCCACCAAUGGCGUUGUCCUAUUUGAAGGCAGACACUGUGCAAUCUUCCCAAGGAGACAACUCCGUUAUCCCAAGUCUACAUCCAGGACUUCGAGGGGCCAGUAUCUCACCUUACCCUUCUGACCCAGAAUGGCUUCCAGAUAAAAUCAUUACACGCACACGGGCAAGGCCAAACAACAAAAUCUACCCCUGCUCCGAAUGUGGCAAAUGUUUCACCCACAUUUCCAACCGAAUCCGACACAUGAAGAUCCACAAGGGACUGAAGCCUUUCCCCUGCUCUGAGUGCGGGAAGUGUUUUGCCCGCAAGUCACACCUCUCCGAGCACCAGCGAAUUCACACGGGCGAGAAACCCUUCUUCUGUCCGUUGUGCGGGAAGUUCUUCAAGCACAAGUCGCAUCUGGUCAUACACAACCGAACCCACACAGGGGAAAAACCUUUUAUGUGCCGGGACUGCGGCAAAUGUUUUGCACAGAAAGCCAACCUUAUCUAUCAUCAGAGAGUUCACACUGGCGGGGAAACCUGACUCUUUUCUGGGGGAGCUUAAAGGAUCAGUCCACUUAAAGAGCUUGUCUACCAUGCCCAUAGAGAACUUGCACUCUCCCUUGCUCUUUAUGGUGCCAAUUCCUGCAAGGUGCGGGUGUUCAUGUCUUCAUUUACUGAAAGAAUCACACCUUUCCUGCAUGUUGGCAAGCAGAGAAAUCUGCCUAUCGCCUACAUUGCCAAGCAUUUAGCAGCAAAAAUAUUUAUGAUCACCAUGAAACUUUCACGCCAUCAACAAAUCUGUGCUUCUUGUCAAGAGAGACUUUUCAUGCUGUGUUAAAGGAUGGAAGUGGAAAGCCUUCACGUAGACUUCGAUGGUGAGGUCUCAAGACUGGCAUUUUGAAGCUCUCAUCACCGAUGUUCCCCACAGCCUUCAAAAAGCAACCAGCAAUUCAGGCCAACAACAUUAAUGUUACAGAAAAUAAUAA